AGCAAAUUCAGUAGCCUGGAAUCCCCAUAAGAUGCUGGUAGCUGGUCUGCAGUGUUCUGCCUUGCUGCUCAAAGACACCACGAACUUACUGAAGCGGUGCCACAGCUCAAGUGCCUCAUAUCUUUUCCAACAAGAUAAGUUUUAUGAUGUGAACCUGGACGUUGGGGAUAAGUCGGUGCAGUGCAGCCGAAAGGUGGACUGCCUGAAGUUGUGGUUGAUGUGGAAAGCUGUUGGCUCCAGUGGCUUGGAGGAGCGUGUUGACAAAGCUUUUAUUCUUGUGAG